AUGCGCCUCAUCGUUACGGUCCUCCUCGUCGCCGCGGUACUAGUUUAUGACAGCGCGGCCGCAGCCGCUCCGGGCGCUUCGAGCUCCGCCGGCGAUCAGCCAUCUCCGUCCGCCCGACAUUCCCUAGGCCGUCGCGUCAACAGCCACCAGUGGCGCCUGAAAACAUUGCGCAAGUUUCUCCCCACAGGCACUGCUGCUACAGCCGGUGCCGCAACUGCUACAGCCAGCAGCGGAGCAGCGGCGAAACCCGCCACUGCUACAGCCAGCAGCGGAGCUGCGGCGAAACCAUUGGUGACCCCUGCCUCGGCGUCUACGUGUCAAGCGUCGACGCUCGCGGGUUACACGAGCUCCGUGGACCUUUCAGGCAAAGGACUCAUCCUUCAUUGGAAAAAGUCAACGGGGUCGACGAUCGACCUGGCGCUCGAGGCCAAGUCAACGAGCGGCGCGGCGAGCGGGUGGUUCGCGGUGGCGUGGACCAACGGCGGCAUGUUCAACUCCGACGCGGUCAUCGGGAACCUCGCGACGGCCAGCGGCGUCGGCACGUACGCGAUAUCGAGCUACUCGAGUGUGACUCCCACGACGCGCUUCGCCAUCACCGGCACGAGCGUUACCGCGUCGGGUGGAAGAACUGUUGUGAAGUUCACGCGCGCGUCGGGGAACGGGCUCGUGCCGGUGAAGGUGGCCGGGAGCAACAAGCUCGUCUGGGCUUACUCGGAGUCUGGAAGCUCGAAGACUGUUGCCAAUCAUGGCGGCUCGCACAGAGGAGCCAAGACCGUCGAUUUCUCUUGUGACGGCACAGCCUCUGGGUCAGGCUCGGGGUCAGGCUCGGGAUCAGGCUCGGGCACCGGAGCAGGCACAUGCACGGAAAACACAGGCGUGAGCGGCACGGCAUGCCCUGCGUCCACCCUCUGCGGCUACUCCUACCAGGCGCAGAUAAAACCUGGUGUGCUGCUGCACUGGAAACCCACGUCAGCCACGCAGCUGGACAUGGCAGUGGAGCUCAAGAGCAGCAGCGGUGCCAGCAACGGCUGGUUCUCCCUCGGCUGGGCCUCUGGAGGAGGCAUGGCUCCCGCCGAUGCUGUCAUUGGCAACAGGGACGGGGGACUCGUCAGCCCGUAUUACAUUGACGGCUACACCAUGGCCUCAUUAAAAGGUGGCUCGUUUGACAUUGGCAGCAGCGCUGGGACCGUGACCUCUGCUACAGGGUCCACAGUGAUCCAAUUCUCGCGCACGGCCAACACGGGGUCUAUUCCCAUGAAGAUGAGCGGCGUACAUCGGAUCAUAUGGGCGCACUCACCCACCAACUCCAAGACCCUUGGCUUUCACUUCACUGCCGCUGGUCAUACCUCUGUGGACUUUUCCUGUGCCACUGCACCAUCUACGGAGACUGGUCUUAAAGCAGUGGGGCCUUUGGUCUACCAGUUCAUCACUUGGCUUGCCGGGUCACUCUUCGGCCUCAACAAGUCACAGAUGUACACAUCGCACACUUCUUCUAGCCCCAUCGGAUAA